UGCAGAAUUGUACUUUUGUAAAACAUUUUUUCUCUUGCGGUGAAGAAAACUAUAAGGCCUAUGGGCAUUUGGUGCGACAACGAACCUCCGGCUAGAUCGAAAAGUAUGGAAAAAUACGAGAAACUGAGUAAAAUUGGAGAAGGGUCUUAUGGCGUAGUUUUCAAAUGUAGGAAUCGUGAUACUGGACAAAUCGUUGCAAUAAAGAAAUUCGUCGAAUCCGAAGAUGAUCCUCUCAUAAAGAAGAUUGCUUUGCGAGAGAUUAGGAUGCUAAAGCAACUGAAACAUAACAACCUCGUUAAUUUGAUUGAAGUAUUUCGAAGAAAACGCAAACUUCAUCUUGUCUUUGAAUAUUGCGACCAUACCGUACUGAACGAGCUCGACAGAAACACAAGAGGGGUUCCAGAGCAACAAGUCAAAAAGAUAAUUUGGCAAGUUCUUCAAGCCGUUAAUUUCUGUCACCAACAUAACUGCAUUCAUCGAGAUGUAAAACCAGAGAAUAUACUGAUAACAAAACACGGAGUAAUUAAGCUUUGUGACUUUGGAUUUGCAAGAAUUUUGACUGGACCUGGUGACGAUUAUACCGACUAUGUCGCAACAAGAUGGUACAGAGCACCCGAACUGCUAGUCGGAGAUACACAAUAUGGACCUCCUGUAGACGUUUGGGCUGUCGGAUGCGUUUUUGCUGAAUUAUUAUGCGGAGCGGCAUUGUGGCCUGGAAAAUCAGAUGUAGAUCAGUUAUACCUUAUCCAAAGAACACUUGGUGACCUAAUACCUCGACACAAGCAAAUUUUCAGUACCAAUCAAUUUUUCCACGGAUUAACAAUUCCAGAACCAGAUACUAGAGUACCUCUUGAAUACAGAUUUUCAAACAUCAACGCACAAGCACUCAGUUUCAUGAAGGCUUGUUUGCAAAUGGACCCGAGCGCGCGACUGACUUGCGAAGAACUUCUUGAACACACAUACUUCGAUAGUUUCAGAGAAGAACUAGAAUCAUUGAAGGAACAGCAGCAACAACAGAUGCAUCACCAUGUGCACAGACAACACCAUAGAAGAAAAGGACGCAGAAACCAAGGGGUACAACAACAUAGAGAGUUUUUUCCCAAUCUACUUCCUCUCUUGACUGGAAGCAACACCCUGUCCAACUCAUCUUCGCCAGCACCCGAUCUCAAGCCUCAUCUAAACUACGGGAAAGAUGGAGGAGGCGCCACCUUAUCUCGCCAUAAAAUAAAAUGGGAUCACUCACGGUUUCCUAAUAUUUAACAUGAAAGACAAAAAGGGUUUUGGCUGAAACUCAGAGGCUGUUUGCCCUGCGACGAGAAAGAACACGUCAAGAAACACUAGAGAGUGUUUCGGGCGUAACAGCACCAACCAAAUAUUUGUAAAGAUACAUUAUUUCUCUAUAACCCGUAAUCAUGCGCAUAUCUUUGUUUUAUUUUAUCUGUUUAUUUUGUUAUCGAACUUCACAGGGUCCUGCAUUAUCAACCAAAAAUGAUCAUCCUCUUAAUGUUGGUCGCAUUUCGAUGGUAUUUUUAUACGACCUCGAACAAGGUCCUGUACAAAUAUCAGCCACUGGUAUGUGAUGAUAUUUACAGAGCUACUAUUAUUAAAAAAGGCAAUUUUCAAGUAUUAUGCUUUCUUUCAUUUGUAGGAAAUGCCCUCAUUUGUGGUCUACAUGUAGACUGCAAAAUUAAAUAUGUUGGGAAUAUUUCAUAAACAAAUUUGGUUGCGAAU